CAGCUGUGGACAGACGAGAGUUAUUCAGGAUGGAUUCAAUGUCUCCUGAGGCUCACGGUUGGUCUGUUCUUCAGAAGCUGAGUGAACAGAAGUCAAUGGGACUUUUCUGUGAUGUAUCUUUGAUGGUCGAAGGUAAAAUAUUUCUUGCCCACAAAAAUGUCCUUUCAGCAUGCAGUGAAUACUUCUAUGCAGCACUUAGCAGAAAUGAGCAACAGCAGUUCUUGGUGCUUGACAGUGUUAGUUUGGAAGGCUUUAGUCAUCUUUUGGACUUUAUUUACUCUUACAAAAUCCCCACUUGUCAUGUUCAAGACUUCAUGCAGGCUGCACAUAUCCUGCAAGUCAACUUGCCUCUUACAGCUCAAGUUAUCAGUGCAUCUAUCAGCCCACAAACAAGUGCUCCAAAGGAGGAAAUUUGUAUCCCGGAUGAUGAUAACGACGUCCCUGGCCACGAGUCAGACAUUGAGAGGCAGCAGUUGAAGACAAACAGGGAUGAUGGAGUUGAUGAGAACAACUCCAUCUUCAAUGAAGAAAGGAGAAGGUUUGAGCCGAUCCUCCAGCUCAAAGACAAAGGCAAAAUGCUUAAGAGACCUACAUUUUUCAGAGACAACCUUGUCAGGAACCAAAGCUUCUUAAUUAACAAACCAGUCCCUAAAAGUGGAAGGGUGGGUAGAAGAAGUCCCGUGGAUGGACCCAGGGAGAAUUCCUUCAUUAAACCAGGGUUUUCCAGACAGAUGCCUAUCACGAUUCACAAUGAUGGAUCUUCAGAAGAAGCAGAUGAUGAGGCUGCUGAUAUCUGCAUUAACUUAUGUGAUGAGCCAGACACCCCUGAUAGUUUGGAAACUCGUGGGCUUAAUGACUUUGGAAUGCAUGAAGAGAGAGUAAAAGCUACAGUGUAUCCAACUGUUACUGGACUGCAAGGAAGCAAGGCGGUAGACAGAGUGGUCGAGGAUGAAAACCAUGCAGAACUGGUACACAAAUGUGACAGAUGUGAUCUUCUGUUGACUUAUUCAGAAUAUCUUAAUCAUCAAGAUGAUCCUGGGGUGAAUUUGCUUCCUUGCAGUUUCUGUGAAAAACAGUUCAAUUAUAGCUGUCAGCUUGCUUUGCACCAGACCAGCCACCUUGACAAGAAGUUCUAUCAGUGCGAGCAGUGCGGAAAGGAGCUAAGUACCCUGAAAAAAUUACAUGAUCACGUUGCUUACCACUCAGAUGCCAGACCUCACAAAUGUAGACUUUGUGAUAAAGCAUACAAGGUGAAAAACGAUCUCACCCAACAUGUCCGAGUGAAACACAUAGAAGCAGGCACUGGAAAACCCCCAUUGCUGCAACUCUGUGAAUUUUGCGGCCAAGCUGUGAAGUAUUAUAAGAGCCACAAAAUAUUUUGCAGUGGAGUGAAGAAAUUUAAGUGUGACUUCUGUGUACAGUCAUUCCACCGUAUCUCUGAACUGAAGAGACACACUUGGACUCAUACAGGAGAGCUACCAUAUCGAUGCAAAAUCUGCGGUAAGGGCUGCAGGCACCCCAGUAACAUGAAGAAGCACAUUCGAACUGUCCACAAAGCUGAUAUGAGAGUGCAAAUCAACCGAGAGCACGCGUCUCCAAGAUUCUUCAAAAACAGGAGGAGUCCUACUAAAUUUCCUGUGCAGAUGCUGCAACAGGCGUUGCCUAGCAACCACGCUACCAUGCAGUCAGUUACUGCAGAUACCUUGGAUCCUAUAGUUCAGACUGCCUCCUCUAUGUCACCUGUCUCAAUGGCUUAUAUUUCAAUCGUUAGAGAUAAUGAUCAUUCAACCAGUGAUUUUUCCUCUUAUGACUCUCAGAAUGCUUCUGAGAGAACUCAACCGCUGUAACACAGAUAUAUUUUUUCCAGGGUGUUUGUACACAACCUAGUGUUUUUUUCCUUUACAUUUUAUGAAUGUAGGAAUCUAAGACUCUUUGGAGCGGUCGGCUACUUAUUUUGGAACAUGUAUGUGUUUAUUGUACAGAUUAAGAUUUAAUUUCCAUCCAUUUUGGCAUGGGUCAUUUGUGCAUUACUGUUUGAUUCAAACAAUCACAUACUCCUUGUAGUAGCUGCAUCCAG